AUGCUCGAGAGCGCUGUGAUCCUGCGCUCAUCGCGCGUCUGCGACAGGUCCCGCGUCAAAACCUAUAAUUUAGAUUUCCAAUACUCUACUUCCCUCCCUCUCUCUCUUUCUCUCUUCUCCCUAGAACACACUCCGCCCGCAGUGUCCCUGGCGUCCCGUUAUGGCCUGGCGUGGUCGUCGCGGUUAGCCAGAGCUCCCGGCUCGUUUCCUUGCAGAUUCUGCGCGUUCACAUCGAAACAGAAGGCCACCGUCAUAGUUCACGAGCGGACACACACGGGGGAGAAGCCGUACAAGUGCAAGUUCUGCCCCUAUGCAACGGCGCAGCAGAGCAACCUGAAGAAACACGAGCGCAAGCACACGGGGGAGAAGCCCUUCCGGUGCAGGUGGUGCAGUUACGCGACCUCUCGGACGGAGUCACUGAAGGUCCACGAGCGGAAGCACACGGGAGAAAGGCCGUACAAGUGUCGGUGGUGUGACUAUGCAACAGCACAGAGCUCAAAUUUAAGUUUGCACGAGAAGAAACAUUUUCAGGAUGCAACUGACUCUGUUGCUGCUUUUCCAGAGCUGCUCUUCAGAGUACUUCCUCAAACAACAACUCUUCACCCGUUGACAAUCGCCGGGAAUGCAUCGGACACGUCGCAGGAUGGCUACAAGUGCAGAUUCUGCUCGUUCACUGCCCGGCAGAGGGGAAACGUUAUCUCGCACGAGAGGCGCCACACGGGGGAGAGGCCGUACCAGUGCCGUUUCUGCCCCUAUGCCACGGCGCAGCAGGGAAGCCUCAAUUCGCACGAGAGGAUACACACGGGCGAGAAGCCGUACAAGUGCCGGUGGUGCAGUUACGCCUCACCCAGGAAGGAAACGGUCAAGAUACACGAGCGGAAACACACCGGCGAGAAGCCGUACAAAUGUAGCGUGUGCACUUACGCGACGACCCAGAGGUGGAACCUGAAGCUGCACGAGAGGAGGCAUCGACGCACCGACUUCAGCCGAAAGGCCCCUUCAGCAUUCUCCGCUACCUUCAGCAGCGCUGAUGCCUUACUCGAGACCACGUCGCGGGAGAUUAUAUUGUUGCAAUCAUUAUACAUAGUGUUAUGUAUUGUCCUCUAUUAUGAUUAUUAUUAUUAUCCUGCUACGCAUAUAAGUACACCCUCUGAUCCCUUAUCUUCCUUCCUUUCAGAUUCACUUUAUGGCAUUGCGCCAAAACAGCCAGAGAGGCGUUUCAAGUGCAGGUUCUGUGAUUACGCGUCGAAGAAGAAAGGCAACGUGAAUGCUCACGAAAGAGUCCACACAGGGGAAAAGCCGUACAAGUGCAGCUUUUGUAGCUACAGGGCAGCGUAUCGAACGUGUGUUGCCGUCCAUGAGAGGGUACACACAGGAGAGAAGCCCUUCAAGUGCCAGUACUGCAGCUUUGCCUCCAAAGAUCGCAGCAACCUCCGAUCGCAUGAACGACUGCAUACCGGUGGUCCGACAUACAAGUGCGGGUAUUGCGACUAUGAAGCCAACAACAUGCGAGGGCUGAAGAGCCAUGAACGAAAACACGAACGCGGUGAUGUUGUGUUGCUACAUUACGGACCAGACCAUAGCUAGACAAACGCUGUGACGUGCUUUCUUACGAUGUCCCGACUCACCUUGCAAAACAGUCGAGCCCGUUUAUAACGAUGUUGACGGGAAUGCGAAAUGCGAUCGUCAUAUCAGGGUAUCGUUAUACGUGAACUUUCGCGAAGUCGCCGGUCGGGAUCACGUCAACGAAGUUAGAACGGUACCUCCGCUGAACACGCACUUUUGCUGAGAGCAUGAAAGCUCUAGAUUGACGCGGCAGCUUUGUGUUGAAAGCUUUUCCAAGGACAACAUAACCGCCGAUACCGCAUGAGGCUCCGCACGUCUUGAGAUCGACGGCUUCGUCCACUGCUCGUCAAGUCGUCAUCAUCGUUAUCAUUGGAAUUCCGUUGUUGCCCUUUUAAACCACGAGUUGUCCACGUGGUAAUUCGUAAUCCGUUGACACAUGAGUGGCCACGCGGAUACGGUGUGGAGAGGGAGAAGCAUCCUCUACCUCUCGAGAGCGCCCCCAAAGUCGCGCGCGCGGUUUAUGCACCGCAAAACACAGCGCGUUCCUCACUUUAAUGCUCAUGCAGGAUGAGGUUCUUCAAAAAAUGUACAUAAACAUGUAAUGUCAAUUUACUUCUGAAUAAUAAAGUGUGAUGAAUUUCUGCCA